AUGCCAGUUGAUGCUGAACCCACACUGGUCCUUAAAUCGACGACUGUCUCGGCAGUGGCUGUGUCGAUUACUUAUGAUUAUACAGUAGCAUUUAUUGGAACAACUGAUGGACGAAUCAUUAAGAAUAUCAAGUUUGUCUUUUUCAUUUCAACCUGUUCAUUUUUUUGUUUCAGAGGGAAUUUUUUUUCUUUCUGCUUUCAUUCACAAGCAUCCCCUCGACCUUCCUUUCUUUCUUUUCCUGCGUUGUCAUUUCUUUCUUUUAUCCCCUUCUUUCUUUCUCCCCUCCCCACCUUUUCUUUCUUUUCCCCCCCUUUCUUUAUUUGCCCUCUCUCCCCUUUCUUUCUUUCUUUUUUCUUUAUUUCUUUUGGCUCGCCCUCCCUUUAUUUCUUUGGCUCACCCUCCUUUAUUUCUUUGGCUCCCCUUCCCUUUCUUUUUAUUUCCUUAGCUCCCCCUCCUCACCCUUUCUUUAUUUCUUUGGCCCCCCUCCCCGCCCUUUAUUUAUUUCUUUGCCCCCUCCCCGCCCUUUUUUUUAUUUCCUUGGCCCCCCAUCUCCCCGCCCUUUCUUUAUUUCCUUGGCCCCCUCUUCCCGCCCUUUCUUUAUUUCCUUGGCCUCCCUCCUCCCGGGCCUUUCUUUAUUUCCUUGCCCCCCCUCCCCGGCCUUUUUUUAUUUCCUUGCCCAUAGGGCCUUUCUUUAAUUCCUUGCCCCCCCCUCCCUCCUCGGCCUUUCUUUAUUUCCUUGCCCCCCUCCGGCCUUUCUUUAUUUCCUUGGAGGCCUUUCUUUAUUUCCUUGGAGGCCUUUCUUUAUUUCCUUGGAGGCCUUUCUUUAUUUCCUUGGAGGCCUUUCUUUAUUUCCUUGGAGGCCUUUCUUUAUUUCCUUGGAGGCCUUUUUUAUUUCCUUGGAGGCCUUUCUUUAUUUCCUUGGAGGCCUUUCUUUAUUUCCUUGGAGGCCUUUUAUUUAUUUCCUGGAGGCCUUUCUUUAUUUCCUUUGGCCCCCCUUUAUUCCCUUGGAGGCCUUUUUCUUUCCUUGGAUUUCCUUGGCCCCCCCUCUCUCCCCGGCCUUUCUUUAUUUCCUUGGCCCCCCCCUCUCUCCCCGGCCUUUCUUUAUUUCCUUGGCCCCCCCCUCUCUCCCCGGCCUUUCUUUAUUUCCUUGGCCCCCCCUCUCGGCCUUUUUUAUUUCCUUUUACCUUUCUUUUAUUUCCUUGCCCCCCUCUCCCCGGCCUUUCUUUAUUUCCUUGGCCCCCCCUCCCCGGCCUUUCUUUAUUUCCUUGCCCCCCCUCUUUCUUUGGCCCCCUCUCCUUUCUUUUUCACUUCUUUUUUUCCUUUUUUUCAGCCACUGUCAUGGUGGUUUUGUUGAAGGGUGAAACCUUUUUUCCACAUGUUAUAUAUUAG